AUGGGGAAUGCUAUAUAAAAUGGGAAAUUAAUAUCCCCAAUAUCCAUUGAUACAUAGAUAAAGGAGUCAUAAUUAACAAUACGAUUUAUUUUGGAUCCAAAAAAAUUGAUGGCAAUUUAGAAAAAUGCAAUACCAAUUGAUCUUGAACAUUAGAUAUCUGACUUAAUAAAAGAAUUGAAAGUAGAGCCGAAGCUUCUUUAGUAAUUCUAAAGCACUCCUUAAAAUUUCAAAUGUUUAAUUUUGAAUGAGUAUAAAAGCAUUACAGGAAAGAAUUUGUUAUAAAAUUUACCAAAAGAUUAUGUAAACUAUUUUAAAUCUAAAUUGGCUAACCCAACUCUCUAAGAUUUGGAAUAGUUGAGAAGGCAUCUCAAAAAUCUAUAGAUUUAUGAUUAAUAGGAUUAAUUAGAACAAUUUAAUGAUGGUAUAAAUUUACUCUUAGAAAAAUUAUUCAGAUUUUACAAACAAUCUCAAUAAUUAAUUGAUAAAAAGAACCCUCCUUGUUACUUAUAUUAAAUUCAAAUCUUAAACAUACUGGAAAUGCUCUUGAAAAUAGAAAAAUACUAAUAGGAACUGUUGCAUAUCCCAGACUCAAUGGAUAUUAUAUUGAAAAAUCUACACCCAAUUCAUGUUGAAUUGACAACCAUAGUAUUAGAAAUUGCAUCUAAUUUAUGUAGGCAAACUGAUGAAGGAUAUUAUUUGGUGCUAAAAAGUCUGAACAAAUUGUGCCCAGACAGCGAACUUACCUUUUUUUUGAAUACCUUAAAAAAAUGCAAAAAUGUUUUUAUGAUUUCUUCCAUAUGUUCAUUUGUCAUAACAUUAAUUGAAUCUCCAACUCAAGAUAUGGAGAAGAAAAGAAUGCGUCAAUAGCUUAUCACUUCAGGUAUUGUUGAUGUUUAUAAAAUAAUCACCAAUAACAUCGAAGAAUUUGAAUACAAGGCUGAUGAACUAAGAUUCGAAGUUGUUAUUUAAUAGAUUAUUGAGUUAAAUAAGUAAAAACACUAAUUUAUAACUGAUCCAAAUUACACUGAAGAAAUUACAUUGCCAAUGUUAUAUCACAGAGAAUCUAGAAAGUGUUAUGACAUAGGAAAGUUUUCAAAGUUGAUUAAAAUUAUAGAAGAUUAAAUUGAGGCAUUUUUAGAGAAUAAUAAAGAUAUGCCUACUCAAAAAAUGUAAGAUCCAAUUAAACAAGAGGUUAAAUAGUAAGCAAAACAUCUAAAACCUACUUUUCUUACACCUCAAUAUUUAAAUUUAAUCUAAGAUGAAAUGGGGAAAGCAAAUUCAACUAUUAAAUAGGAAUCUAAAAUUAGAGGAAAUUAACAUGUUACUGAUUUUGCAGAUGGUAUUUCCAAAUACUAAAAUAAUUUUCCAAAUGAGUAAUAAUUUGAAAGCAAUGAAAUUUCAUAACUUGAGUCUCUGAAUCCGAAGAAAAUAACUAAUGAAGCAUUUGUGGCUGUAUUACAGAAAAAAAUAGGAGAUUUGGAAAAAAAAUUGAAAUCAGAUUAGUCUAAUUUAUCUCAAUUAACUGAAUAAUUGGCAGCGAAAAAUAAGGACUAUAGAACACUUCAAUAAGAAUGUGAAUCAUAACAGAAGACGAUUCAAUAAUUGGAAAAUGAAGUCAAUCAAUUAAGAGAGAAAUUAUCAAUUAUGCAAUAAGCCAAGGCUCAAAAAUUGGAAUAAGAGGUUACUCCUCAACGAUUGUCUUACAAAUCAGAUUAUAAUGAUGAUUAGAGACAGUAAUUAGAUUAGCUCAAAUAAGAGUUGCAAUCUUAAAAUUAAAAAUUCAUCAAUCAAGACAAAGAAAUAAAAAAAUUUAAACAAUUAUUAAAAGAGUAGAAUGAAAAUCUAAUUACAAAAGAGAUUUAAUUAACUGAAAAAAAUAAAGAAUGUAGAGAACUAUAAGCAAGAAAUGAGAAACUGAUAAAAAAAAAAUAUGCUAAAAAGAAAGAAUUGUAAUAAUUGAUAGAAAAAGUAAAUUCUGCAAGUUAUGUUAAAAUAUAAGCAAAUAAAAUUUAAAGUGAACUGAAAACAAUAGAGCAGUACUAAGAUGAGCUGGCAAAAUUACAUGGUAUCAUAGAAGAAUAAGCCAUUCUCUUAGAAUAAUAAAAAAAAUAUCCAUAAAAAUUUGAUGAAAUGAGAGAAAAUUAAAAAGUAAUGGAGAAUGGAAUUCAUAAAUUCGAUGAUGAAAGCAAAAAACAAUUAAUUAAUAUACAAAUUCUUCAAGAAAAACUUUAACAAACACUAUAAGAAAAAGAAAAUUUAGAAAAGAAAUUGAAUAGUUAAGCAAUAAUUGCAUAGAAUACAUUUUCACCAUAACUAGGUUAAAAUUAAACAAACGCCCUUGCUCCUUAAAUAUCACAAGUUCCUCCACCACCUCCACCUCCAGGUACAAUAUCUGUAUCAGCACUUGCUCCUCCUCCACCUCCACUUGGUGCUAAAACUGGAGCUUCAUCACCAGCUCCUCCACCUCCUCCAGGAGGGCCAAAACCACCAGGACCUCCACCUGGUGGUGCACCUCCUCCACCUCCUCCUCCUGGGCCAAGACCUCCUGGUGGCCCAGAUCCUUAAUUUGGUGGGAAAUAAAAACAUAAACCUAAUAUAUAGUUAAAAUAGGUUCCCUGGACGAUUAUAAAGCCGGAAUAAAUUAGAAAUACUAUAUGGGAAUCAAUCGAUGAUACUAAAUUAAAAUUAGAUUACAAUGUUAUUGAGAAUUUAUUUGCAGCAAAGCCAACAUCUAGCAAUAUCAAUGUUCAAGGUGGAACCAAUAAGCCGGGGAAAAUUUCAAUGUUAGGACCGGAGAGAAUGAAAAAUCUAGAGAUAGUGCUAGGCAAACUUAAAAUGUCAAAUUAAUUAAUAGUUGAAAGUCUCUAUCAACUAGAUGAAACUGUAUUAAGACCAAAUAUAGUUGAAUCUUUAAUUACUGCAAUGCCAAAUGAUACAGAGGUUGUAAUGUGGUAGGAUUCGGACUAAUCAAACUUAGCCUUACCAGACAUAUUUUCUCAGUAAAAGGAUAUGAUUAUAGGUUAUUAAUUUAGAAUAUCAAUUAGGCUAUUAUCGUUGAAAUUCAAAUAUAAUUAUAAAGAAUUAGCAGAAGAUUUGUAAACCAAAAUUGAUAUAUUCAAACAUUUAAUGACAGUGACAAAAAAUGAUAAGAAUACGAAAGUUUUCAUGGAAUAUGCUUUGGCUGCAGGAAAUUACAUGAAUGGAUAAUCAGCUAGAGGUGGUGCAUAUGGAUUUAAAUUUGAUAUGAUGGAGAAAUUAACUGAUGUUAAAACCACUGACAAUAAAGGCAACUUAUUAAUGUUUAUCAUUGAAAAAGCGGAAGAAGAUCUAAAAGAGGAAUUAGUUUUGGUUGAUGAGAAUUUAGAAGAAAUUGAAUUGGCUGCUAAAACCCCUUUGACUUAGUUGAAUGCUGAUUUAACCGAGCUAAAAAAAAAUUCGAAAAAUGUUGAUAAGGCCAUAAAAUCAAAAGUGUCUCUUCCGAUUCAAGAUAUGGUAGAAGAGAGGUUAUAGAAUUUUUAUGAAUAAAUUCUUUCCGAUCUAGCUAAUUUUGAGAUUUUAUUAAAAUAGCUUGAAACAUAAUAUGAAGAUCUUGCUAAUUAUUAUGCUGAAACAAAAGUUCCUUUUGAUAAAUUUUUUGAAAAAUUUUAUAAAUAUAAAACAGCCCUUAAAUAAGCAAAACAAAAUUUCACCAAAAUUAAAUUAGCAGAAUUAAAAGAACAAGAGAAAAGGAAAAAAUUAGAAUAAUAACAACAAAAUAUAUAAUCGUAAUAAUAACAUCAAUAAAACUAAUAACAACCCUCGUAGGAGUCAUCUUACAUUUACAAAAAGGAGGAAGACAAUUCGUAAUCAGGAUUAAAAAUGCUUGAUAAGGGUUCAUUUUCAAAUGAAGAUACAAAAAAAAAUAUUGGGUCCAAUCUUCUGUAACAAUAGGAUGUUUUGGUUAAGCAAUAAAUUUAGCCUUCCUAAACACAAACCGAGGAUUAUUGA